AUGACGCACCUCCUCGUCUCGGUCGCCUUCCCGCGCAGCCUUGCCUCCAUCGGCAGCAGCGCCUUCGAGGGCUGCUCCUCGCUCUCCUCCAUCGACCUCCCCGCCGGCCUCACCUCCAUCGGCAUGGGCGCCUUCGCCCACUGCUCCUUCAUCACCACCGUCACCCUCCCCGCCAGCCUCACCUCCAUCGGCCCCAGCGCCUUCCACCUCUGCUCCUCUCUCACCCACGUCACCCUCCCUGCCGGCCUCACCUUCAUCGGCGAGGCCGCCUUCUUCCGCUGCUCUUCUCUCACCCGUGUCACCUUCCCUGCCGGCCUCACUUCCAUCAGCGCCGCUGCCUUCUCCGGCUGCUCCUCGCUCCUCUCCAUCGACCUCCCCGCCGGCCUCACCUCCAUCACCUCCACCUUCGACCACUGCUCCUCGCUCGUCUCCAUCCACCUCCCCGCCGGCCUCACCUCCAUCGGCGAAGGCGCCUUGAGCGGCUGCGCCUCCCUCACCUCCGUCACCGUUCCAACCACCGCCACCAUCCGCCUCCACGUCUUCCCACCCGCCACCACCGUCCUCCGCCUCCCGCCCAAGAGCAUGCGCGACCUUCAGCGCUGGUACGAGGCGGUGGAUGGGGCUCUGGCCUACAAUCGCUGCCGCCCCCUCAUCUACGGCUGGCUAGAGGCCCAGAUCAGGCUCGGCUCUUACGGCCCGGACGGCGCGGCGCGCCAGCGCGACCGCGAGGAGUUCGAGGGCGACCUUGCGCUGGCGACUGCUCGCGGACCAGACUGA